AUGGCCACCACGACCCGCCCCAUUGUCUUCAUGGACAUCAACAUCGGCGAAACGCCUGCGGGCCGCAUUAAGAUGGAGCUGUUCAGCGACAUCGUGCCCAAGACAGCAGAAAACUUCCGCCAGCUGUGUACGGGUGAAUACCGGGUCAACUCGCGUCCGCAGGGAUACAAGAACGCGACGUUUCAUCGGAUGUACGUUCCCGUUACCUUUUUCUCUCGCUUCCAAUUCUUAUACUUGUGCCGCGUUAGAGUGCCCAAGUUCAUGUGUCAAGGCGGCGACUUCCUCAAAGGCGACGGCACAGGCAGUUUCUCAAUAUACGGGGACAAAUUCCCAGAUGAGAACUUUAUCGAAAAGCACACCGACGCAGGGCUGCUGUCCAUGGCCAAUUCUGGGCCCAACACUAACGGGUGCCAGUUCUUCAUAACCACCGCAAAGUGCGACUUCCUCGACGGGAAGCACGUCGUGUUUGGGCGUGUCAUCGAGGGCAUGCUCACGCUGCGCAAGAUGGAGGCCGUGCAGACGGGGCAGAACAGCCGUCCGAAGCUGGUGGUCAAAAUUACCGAAUGCGGGGAGAUGUAG